AGCCUGCAGGAUGCUGCGGGGGCGGCGGCAGCGAAGGAGGCGGAGGAUCAGAGCGCGACCGACCUGAGCCCUUUAAUCCUGCAGAGGAGCUCAAUGAGAUGGGAUGGAAAGGUCUAUGAAGAGAUCCCAAUAGCUCACAUCAAAGCCACGUACAACAACACCCACGUCCACGUGGUCAGCUUUGACAACAGGCCCUUUGCCCGAACCUCCUGUGGCACAGAAGGCUUCCAGAACGCCAAGAAGGGGACUGCCAUCGCGGCACAGACUGCAGCCAUGGCAGCAGCAGUGAAAGCACGUGGGAAGGGCGUCUUGCACGUACGAGUCAUGGUGAAAGGACUGGGACCAGGACGCAAAGCUGCCAUCAAGGGUUUGACCAUGGGAGGUUUGGAGAUCAUCUCCAUCACCGACAACACCCCAGUUCCACACAACGGCUGCCGCCCGCGGAAAGCCAGGCGCAUGUGAGAGGGGAGUCAGAAGAGACACACAACUUCCAACAUCGGUUCAUACAACAGGGACUCGGUUGAAUGUUGCUCCUGUGACAGAUUCUGAAAAGCCACCCUCCAUGG